UUCCGGGUGGUGGUGGCCGUGGACAGGGCCCUCGCCUUGGUGGGGGCCGUGUUCCAGAAUUCCAAGGUGGUGGACUUCAUCCUGCAAGGCAGCGCCCCCUGGAGGCGAGGGCGCCCGGCCCCCUGCCCCACCGAGGUUGCCUCGUGGGCGCUCAGCCCCCGUGUCAUCUGCAGGGGCCGGUUCGGCCAGGUCCACAGGUGCACGGAGAGGUCCACGGGCCUGGCGCUGGCGGCCAAGGUCAUCAAAGUGAAGAGCAACAAGGAUCGGGAGGAUGUGAAGAACGAGGUCGCCAUCAUGAACCAGCUGAGCCACGUGAACCUGAUCCAGCUCUACGACGCCUUCGAGAGCAAGCAGAGCUGCACGCUGGUCAUGGAGUGCGUGGACGGGGGAGAACUCUUUGACCGGAUCACGGAUGAGAGGUACCACCUGACCGAACUGGACGUGAUCUUGUUCACCAAGCAGAUCUGCGAGGGCGUGCACUACCUCCAUCAGCACUACAUCCUGCACCUGGACCUCAAGCCGGAGAACAUACUGUGUGUCAACCAGACAGGACACCAGAUAAAGAUCAUUGACUUCGGGCUGGCCAGAAGAAUGGAGCCAGCCCCCACCCAGCCUCCGCUCGGCCUGCGCUCCUGCUAUAUUCACUUCUCCCUUCUCGCGGCGAAAGCCUCGCAGGACCGUCUCUGUCCCGUCGCCGCAUGGGCAGGCGUGGCCUCCGCAUACGGUCCCCACGGUACCCUCUCUCCUCGCAGACUCAGCGGCCUGUCCCCGUUCCUGGGGGAAACCGACGCCGAGACCAUGAACUUCAUCGUGAACUGCUGCUGGGACUUCGAGGCGGACACCUUCGAAGGGCUGUCGGAGGAUGCCAAGGACUUCGUGUCCCAGCUGCUGGUCAAAGAGAAGAGCUGCAGGAUGAGCGCCACCCAGUGCCUGAAACACGCGUGGCUGAGCAAUCUGCCUGCCAAGGCGACCCGGUCCCAAGUGCGGCUCCGGUCCCAGCUGCUGCUGCAGAAGUACCUGGCGCAGCGGAAGUGGAAGAAACAUUUCCACGCGGUGACUGCGGCCAACAGGUUAAGGAAAUUUCCCACUUGCCCCUGACCCUGGACUGGACGCCACCGCCCCUGGGCCGAGCCGUUCCGGAGGCCGCGGGGAUGCCCGGAGGCUGUAGAUGACCGGCCUCUGGCUCAGACCGAUUCCAGGAACUUUGUGAGGGGUUCUGGCCGGGCCUUCCCUGGGGGUGACACGUGGCUGGAAGAAGGCGACGUCAGGACUGUUUCGCUGCCGUGGGAGCCCGCUGGUGUGAAAAGCUGUUUCCUCGUCAGGGGCACCGGCUUUGGGGGGCGCGUGUGGGGAGGAGAGCAGGUGGCGGGUGGGAUGCGGAGCGCGCUCUGAUUCAGGGACUCGCUCAGGGACCCGGGCCGUGGAUCGCCUUGGGCACAGGGAAGUCCUGCUGCUCCGAUCCCCGGGGCUGGGCCAGGCUGUAUUUAUUGUCCCACCGACCCGCGCUGUGUGCCGCCUAGAGUCUAACAUGGUUUGACUUGUGCUCCCUUUUGAGAAUGGAAACGUGCAUCCUUUGUUAGUCUUUGAAAUUUUGAAAUAUACUGACCGUCAUGGCUGAAAGAGGACAAGGGUCAACUGGAAUGCGCUUAAUGUUUUUAUUGAUUUUAGAGAGAG